AUGGGGAACCACGGCUCAAACCUGGACGAGAUCCUGGCGGAGGACAUGCACCACUGGUACAAUAAGUUCAUGAAGGAGAGUCCGUCGGGGCUGAUCACUCUGUUCGAGCUCAAGGCCAUUCUGGGUCUGCAGGGAAUGAACCCGGACGCCUCCAGCUACGUCGACCAGGUCUUCUACACCUUCGACAUGGACGGGGACGGGUACAUAGACUUCGUGGAGUACAUCGCUGCCAUCAGUCUGCUGCUGAAGGGCGAGAUCAACCAGAAGCUCAAGUGGUAUUUCAAACUGUUCGAUCAGGACGGAAACGGGAAAAUCGACCGUGACGAGCUGGAGACCAUUUUCUCUGCGAUUCAGGAUAUCACACGGAACAGAAACAUUGACCCGGAGGAGAUCGUCUCGCUCAUUUUCGAGAAGAUCGACGUCAGAGGAGAAGGAGAGCUGACGCUGGAGGAGUUCAUUGAAGGAGCCAAGAACCAUCCUGACAUCAUGGACAUGUUGAAGAACCUGAUGGACCUGACGCCUGUGCUCGUCAUCAUCAUCAAUGGGAGGCACUCCUGA